GGAUGCUUAUAUACAAUGCCCCCCGUCUCCGUCUUCAAUUUCACACAGUUCUCUCACUCUCUCUUUCGCCGUCGUAAAUCCGGAUUCCGAACGCACAUUUAAACUCCAUGGACGGAAAGUAACGAGUUGAUAAAUCGUAUAUCUCAACCCCCAUUCCCCCCACCAGCACCAACAUACUGCACUGUCAAGAUAUUGGUCAAUUCACUUUGCCCAACACAUCGACCGUCUUGUGUCUCGUUUCCGCAUCGCAGCAUUUCGUCCAUUUCGCUCACCUCCAUCCAUCCAGCCAUCCCACUCUUCCGCUUUCGCCCAUUAAUUUCCCUCGGGAGUCAUAUCGGUAGAAAUAUCAGUCUCUUAUCAGCACGGAUUCAAAUACAUACGACUAGCACUAUCUAUCUCCCUAGUAUCUAUCUAUCUCCCUAGUCCCACCCACUAUUACAAUAAAAAGACCGUUCAUAGAGUCACAACGCCAGAAUCUUUCCAAUCGCCAAUCGAGAUUAUAUAAAAAGAAAUCCCAUCCUUGAUUUGAUUUUGAUUUGCAUUUGAUCUUGAUUCUGAUCAUCUCAUCACAUCAUCCUGGAUCUCGUCCAUUUGAUCUUCCUCACCUGGACCGUUCCAAUUCACCAUCACGAGAAACAUUCACAAGACCCAGGCCAACCAGGGAAGAACCCGUCCGGAGAACUUAUCUACGACAUACGACAUACGACAUAUAAGAUACCCAGAUAUAUUUUACCUUCACACACAACCAACAAUUCGUAUCGAACGUCUUCGACGAUUCCCUUCUCUCUGAUAUCCUAUAUCCAAAGGAAGAACCCGUCUUCCGAACUGCCAAAAUGGCACACUCAACAAGACCAUCCGCUUCCCGAACACACACUGCUCCUUCACUUGCUCUAUCUCCACGAACGAGCUCCGAAAAAACCACAGACAAGAAAUCCCAUCACGUACGCAGAAAGUCGGGAAAGGAAUUCGCGGUAGUAGCGGAAAAGAGAACUAGUCGACCUACCACUUUACACCGAAGGACUACACCCCAAGUCAUUACCAAGGCUGCCAGAAGCAAGGAGAGGGAAAGUCAACACGCGGAGAAAGAUAACGGGGAGAGCUUUCCACAGUUCUGUAUGACCUGCGAAAAGCAAUUUACACCUCCCAACAAUACCUUUCUCUAUUGCUCUGAGCAAUGUCGUGUUCAUGAUCAAGCACCAACAUACACUUCUCGAUCAAACCCAUAUGCAACUGCACCAAACUCUCCACCGUUGACUCCAUUCUUGUCAAGUGCAACUCUAUACUCUCCGGAAGAACCUCGAGACAUUGUGCCGCGACUCUCCCCUACACAAUCUAGACCUCGAUCAUACUUCAACUCAUCACCAUACCCAACCGAUUACUCCGUCUCAUACCACGUCCCCUCCUCAUCCCUCCCAGCAUCCCACUUCUAUACUUCAUCCCAAGCCAAUACACAUUCAUCGAGCGCCUUGGAGAGCUUAAGAGAGUUAGCCACAGCGCUUCCCCGAACACAUCAACCACACGAACCAGAAUCUCCACCAACUACUACACUCUCGAGGACUUCUUCUCAAGUCUGGAACUACAUGCCAUUCACAACCAAAACCACAACACCUACACCCCUCGUCACACCCGGCAACUCAUACUCCAACAGUGGCGCCAGCCAUUCCGCUCGUCGAAGCCGAGAAGAUUUAUAUUCUUUCGGGGCUAGUCAAACAUUCACCAACACCGGUGGUAUGGGUAUGGAUCGUCCUUUGCCACCUCGAAGUGGUCCAGGUGGCUAUGUACAUCGACCUAGAAGUAUUGAUCUGGUUACACCAUUCACACCUGGUGUUUAAACCGAGAUGAGAGAAAAAGAAGCAACGCUCGAGAGGAGCACAUAGUAUACGUUAUUUGAGUUUGUUAUAGAUAUUUGAGUCUCCAAGCAUUGCGAGCAUUACAUUAUCGUUGUAGAUAUAGGAUUAUUAUCAAACAGGAACAUUGGAAUUGGUAUGGGCAUUCGGCAUACGCGCGCGAGCAUCACAGACAGCUAGCAAGGAAAUUGUGAAGGAGUUAAUCAUGGAAUCUAAAAAUGGGCGGGUCAAUUUACAUGCAUAAUGCAUUAUGGGUAUGAAAAAAGGACGGAAUGGUAUGAAAUGGAAUGGAAUGGGUAAAUACUUGGGGAUUAGAUUAGAGCCUGCAAUAGCUCUACAUCGCUUUAGUUAAAAAUUAAAUACACACCUUUAACA